ACAAACGUAAACAACGACUUUAAACGCAAAUUCCUAAAGAAUCGAAGCACAUCCAAGCAAUCUAACACCAUCGUCUCUAUAGAGAAAACUUCCUUUAUCGAAUGGCAUUGCUAUUUUGCGUGGGAGUGUUUUGAUUCUCGAGAAUGUUGUGUUUACGUUUGGUUGUACCGCCUAUUUCAAUUGCUGGUCUAGAAUAGUUCGUACUUCCUUAAAAAUUGUAUUAUAAUUUGGUCAAAGGCCACAAAAGUGAUUCGUUAAUUAAAAUCCACAUAAAAUGCCUUGUGUUGUGCCAACGUGUGCCGCCUCCGUGGGCACCUUCAAGGUGUUCCCUCGGCACAAGUCCCUUUCGGAGCGUUGGCUCGACGCAAUCCACAUAGGAUGUGGGGAUAAAGUAGCUGAUGAUGGUCACUUGGGCCAAAUGGAAAUCUGUCAAUGGCAUUUCGGAAAACCGGACAAUACGAUGCCGUAUCAGGAACCAAAGAUCUUUGUUGACGGGAAUGGAGAAGAUGUGGAAAUCGAAAGCUGUCGGUUGUGUUUACGGUUUUACCCAAGCUGCGAGUUGGUCUCCAAGAAUGGCAAACUCGGUGGAAUCGACAUUAAAUCCAACGUUUAUGAAUCGCUACGGAUUGCCUUUCUUGUAAAUGAUUUUUUGGAUCUGGUCUGCACUCAAUGCAUAGCCCGUGUGGAACUACUGAAGGCGAUCCAGAAGGAUUUUGUUCAGACGGAAAUCAAAUUUCAGCAGCUGAUCAAAUUUUCUCGGCAACCUUUAGUUGAGGUAAUCGUAGACCAAGAACAAGUGGAGGUCGCUUUAGAACCAGCUGAUUUGGUCAUUAAAGAGUUUGAUUCGGAAAUCCCUACUGAAAUAUUCGAGAUAAAGAAGGAUGAAACGGAGGAAAGGUUUGUGACCACACGAACUUAUUGGAUGGACAAACAACAGCCAGACAAAGAGGAUAUAUCUCUGAGGGAAAUCGUAUUGAAAAAGUGUUACAUUUGCUCAACAGUCCUACCAGACGCUAAUGAGCUGGCACUUCAUCUAACUGAGAACCAUUCAACCAAAAGUGUCUACCGUUGUGAGGAGUGCUCACUCGAUAUCCCCAUUUUGGGAGCAUAUAAUAGACAUCUAUCUAAACACGAUCAGUCCGAGAGACCAUUGAAAUGUAACUUUUGUACACUGCGUUUUAAAACGUAUUUUUUGAGGGGACGUCAUGAAUCAAGAAAGCACCGCACGAAUGCUAAAGUGGACCAGCCUACCGAAAAACCUAGGCCUUCGUUAGUUUGCGAAAUAUGUGGAAAAUCAUAUCCAUUUUUGAAAAAACACAUUCAAUCGGUACACAGUGAAGAUAAGCCUUCAUGUAACAUUUGUGGCAAAACCUUCACGACAAAUACUAGCCUUGAGAGGCACAUGCUGUUACAUACUAACGAAAAACCGUACAGUUGCGACAAAUGUGAAGCCUCUUUUCGACGUCUACUCCUUCUCAAACAACACGUGCAGAAGGUUCAUGAAGGUAAAAAUCCUCACACCUGCGUAGAAUGUAACCAGGAGUUCAACUCUCCUUGUGGACUGUACACGCACAAGAGAACCGUUCAUCUAAAUAAGACAGCGUACAACACCGCAUCGGUACAGGUCAGAUGCAUCCUUUGUAACGAAAGGAAUGCGUCAGUAUCCGAUCUGGUGCAACAUAUACAAAGAUCUCAUGGUAACGAAAUCUAUCCGUACGCUAAAUGUGCACAUUGUCCGCGUUCAUUUAUUACCAUGGCACAACUGGCUGCCCAUAAGGAAAUUCAUUCCGACAAGUUCGCCUGCAAACAAUGCGGAAAACGGCACAAAUCCAACUAUCAUUUGCAAAUUCACAUGGAUAGUAUGCACUCGGAUGGAACGCGACACAUUUGUACAAUUUGCAAUGGGAAAACAUUCAAGAAUAUACGCUCAUUUCAAAGUCACAUGAGAACGCACACCCAAGACAAACGGCACGCGUGUGAUUCUUGCGAUAAGACAUUCCACCGGAGAAGCGGCCUGGUAUGUCAUCGAAGGGUUCACACUGGAGAAAAACCCUACGAGUGUAAGUAUUGCUUGAGGCGGUUCAGCGACUGCACUUCGUAUCGCAAGCACGAAAAACGCUGCGCGGCAGUGGUUGCUAGCAAGACGGAUAAGAAGGACGAGGAAAUCGAUGUGUUGAUGAAUUUGGAUGUCUAAGCGGAAGGAACAUUCGCCGGAAGCAGAUUAACGGUCUGUGAUCGCGCAUGGACUGAACUUUUCCUACGUUGUGUUUACGGAUGUUUGAAUAAAAGACACAGUUUGCUUGACCGUCCUGCCAUGGCGGAGGUAUUCGAGAUACUACUCUAUUUAUUGAUAGUGUAUAGGGAUACAAUACAACACACAGCUGGUAGGGUAGGAACACAGGUAGUGGACGUUUGCACAAACAGUCUGGACGUGUGGUACUUCGGGUUGAGAGUAAAGAGAAUAUACUUCCGUAUACGUCAGUCAAUACGUU